AAUCUAUCUUUUAUUCAGAGAAAAAUCCAACGGGAUUAACCGAAGCCUUCCGAUCUUUCUUUUAACACGCACUUGCACAAGGAGAAGGAGCGCUUUUUUGCAGCACAGACAAGAAGACUUAAAAUACACAAUGGGAGACCGAAGAGACGACCCUGGCAAAUUUUUUGUUGGAAACCUUAGCUGGGACACGGAUAAUGACAGUUUAUGGAACUACUUCAGUCAGUAUGGACAGCUCUCAGAUGCCGUUGUAAUCAUGGACAGAGAAACUGGAAGGUCCAGAGGUUUUGGUUUUGUGACAUUCAGAGAUCCAAAGUGUGUCGAUGAAGUUUUACACCAACAACAACACGAAAUUGAUGGCAGACAGGUGCUCUCCUAAAGGAGUAAAUGCCUGUUGCAGAGGACAGAGCAAGAACAGGGCAUGAGGUGGAAAGCUUGCUUUAUGUAUAAGCUUAACAGCAACACCUCAAUAAAUGUACAGAGUGAUGGAUCAGUGCCAAACCUUGCAACAGCCGAUAGACUGUUUAUGGAAGUGGAGAAAACAAACUUAAAAUCAUGUGUAUUGACACCAAACUUGUGGUGUAUAUAAAUCUCUAUGAUUUGUAACUAUGUGUCAUUUGUUGUCUUGAAAAUUCCAUUUGUUUUUAAAUAUAAAAACUUCUCAUUUUAUACCAUUGCAUUGUGCACUUUGUAACAGAAAAAAAGUUAUAACAACAAUUAUUGUUUGAACAUUGGAGCAAAGUAAAUCGUGUAUCCAAUCAUAAAAUUUAUUAAAAAUGUUAAAAUAACAACAUUAA